UUAACUAGCAGUAUUCAUUGUAGGGAACCGGGAUGCUCGGAAGCUACUCGAAAUGCCACAGAAGCUUAAGGAACUAUCUUCAUAUGGAAAAACAGCUCGAAAUAUAAAGGGGACUACGAACUAAACCGCUUCGCCUAAACUUGAGAUGGCUUUGAAUAAGAAAUAAGUUGUUCUGGACAAGGAGGCUGUGCGGCUUUGAAGGUCUCAACUUUAGACAGCUAGCUGACGCUUGCCGCUGUUAGCCUAGCUUGUUAGGUAAAUAUUCCGACUUGAGUUUCAUGAACUGCGUCCACCUUGACAGCAUAUAAACUGCGCUGUCAGCUGUCAUUUUGUCACUUUUUUAUUUAAUUAAAUAGUACCUUUUGUUCCAAGGAGAUGGGUGGAUUUCUGUUACUUUACUCAAUAAGCUAACCUGCUACACUUAUUUGUACGCAUGCUAGCUGACAUUGGCUAACGCCGGGCCAGACAGCAACUUCAACCGCAGAGUUUUGUGGAAGCUAACACGACAGUAUUGUCGCUCAUAAGAAAACUCUGCUGUUUAACGGAGUCGACCCAUAGUCAUGUUUGAAAUGGAAACACAUAUUUCGUGCCUUUUCCCGGAAAUAUUGGCCAUUAUUUUCAGUUACUUGGAUGUGAAAGACAAAGGAAGGGUAGCCCAAGUGUGCGCGGCCUGGAGAGACGCGUCCUACCACAAGUCGGUGUGGAGGGGGGUGGAAGCCAAGCUCCAUCUGCGACGAGCUAACCCGUCUCUGUUCCCCAGUCUGCAGACUAGGGGGAUCAAGAAAGUCCAGAUUCUCAGCCUGAGGCGAAGUCUGAGUUAUGUGAUUCAGGGAAUGCCGCACAUCGAAAGUCUUAACCUGUGUGGAUGUUUCAACCUCACAGACAGCGGUCUCGGACAUGCCUUUGUGCAGGACAUACCAUCUCUGCGAGUGCUGAACCUCAGCCUGUGUAAACAGAUAACUGAUUCCAGCCUCGGAAGAAUCGCCCAGUACCUCAAAAACCUGGAGGUGCUUGAACUUGGGGGAUGCAGUAACAUCACAAACACGGGCCUGUUGCUCAUUGCCUGGGGCUUGCACAGACUAAAGAGCCUUAACUUGCGUAGCUGCCGUCACGUGUCCGACGUGGGCAUCGGACACCUGUCAGGAAUGACCCGCAGUACUGCAGAGGGAAGUCUGUCUCUGGAGAAGUUAACCUUGCAGGACUGUCAGAAGUUGACUGACCUUUCUCUAAAACAUGUCUCAAAGGGCCUAAACAAGCUCAAAGUGCUCAACCUCAGCUUCUGUGGGGGGAUAUCUGAUGCAGGAAUGAUCCACCUGUCACAUAUGACCCACCUUUGCAACCUAAACUUGCGGUCCUGUGAUAACAUCAGUGAUACUGGGAUAAUGCAUCUGGCAAUGGGCUCCCUCCGGCUGAUGGGGCUUGAUGUCUCCUUCUGUGACAAGAUUGGAGACCAGAGCCUGGCAUACAUUGCCCAGGGGUUGUAUCAGCUCAAGUCCCUCUCUCUGUGCUCCUGCCAUAUCAGUGAUGAUGGUAUCAACAGGAUGGUUCGCCAGAUGCAUGAACUUAAAACUCUAAACAUUGGACAGUGUGUGCGAAUCACAGACAAAGGUUUGGAGUUGAUAGCUGACCACUUGACGCAGCUGACAGGGAUUGAUCUGUACGGUUGUACGAAGAUCACUAAGAGGGGUCUGGAGAGGAUCACACAGCUCCCGUGCCUUAAAGUAUUGAACUUGGGACUGUGGCAGAUGACAGAGAGUGAGAGAGUGAGGUGACCCUUGGCGUGGAUACAUUUCAUCAUGUAAAGUGCUCAGAGGAACUGUCUAUCCAUUCUUUAUUUUGCCUUCAUUACUGUGACUAAGAACAUGAGGGACUCACUGGAAUAUUUCUCACUUCUGCUGCAAUAUUUCAUUCUUAUUCUGGCUUUGUACUUUUUUUUUAAAAAAAAACUUACCAUGUACAGUUCUUCCUGUUUAGCUACCUCACUCAUCCAACACAGGAGUGCCUACAGUCACUGAAUACUAGAUUAAAUUGUAUAUUUUUAACUCAAGAACCAGUUGAGUUUUUUGCAUUUAAGAAAAUCUUCAUUGCAUAACAACAGCUCAGCAUUUUAAUUCAUAACAAAGGCAGGAUUUUCUUGGAUUUAAGUUUAGAUUUUUUUUUCUGUGAAUAUUUUUCCACUUGUAUAACCAAUAUUUGUAUUCAAUUACUAUUGCUGACAAAAGUUUACUUCAAAUUGAAGUUGGUGGAUCACUCCUGUCUUUGUUUACCUAUGUAUAGUUGGCUAUGCUUUAUAUUCCAGAAGAAAUAAUUUAUAUCUCAGUUUUUACUCUCGUCUAAAGGUUCAUCAGCAGUGCUACAGUAAGGUGUAGCAGUUAACAGCUAAAGAAGCUAUAUUAUGCAAUAUUCAGUUUUUUUUUUCAUGUGAAGAGCUUCCAGCAAUAGUGCCAGAGUAUUUGUCUAAACAAAGCAGUAAUAUGUUUUAUAUUAGUAGUGAUAUUUAUUAAUAAAGAUACUAAAUAUGUUA